AUGGACCUGUUCUCCGCCGCCUGUGAGAACUUCGCUCUGGUCAUUAACACGCAGAAGACGGUGGUGAUGCACCAACCGCCACCCCACUCAGUCACAGCCCCUAACGCGCCGCCGCAAAUCAGCGUGAACGGAACCCAACUGCAAGUGGUGGAGAACUUCCCGUACCUGGGCAGUACUCUCUCCCGCAACACCAAGAUCGACGACGAAGUCGCCAACAGGAUCUCGAAAGCCAGUCAAGCCUUCGGUCGCCUCCAAAGCACAGUUUGGAAUCGCCACGGUCUUCAGCUGAGCACGAAGCUGAAGAUGUACAAGGCCGUUAUCCUGCUGGCACUACUGUAUGGAGUGGAGACUUGGACGGUGUACGCAAAUCAGGCACGUCGCUUGAACCACUUCCACCUCAGUUGUCUUCAACGCAUCCCGAGGCUGAAGUGGCAGGAUCGAAUCCCCGACACUGAUGUGCUGGAACGGACGGGAAUCCUCAGCAUCUACGCCAUUCUGAGACAAAUGCAGCUGCGCUGGAGCGGCCACCUGGUGCGCAUGGACGACGAGCGACUACCAAAACGACUCUUCUACGGAGACGUCGCGACGGGUUCUCGCCGUCAAGGAGGCCAAAUUCGCCGUUACAAGGAUACUCUGAAGUCCUCCCUGAAACGCCUGCAAAUCAACCCCACCAACUGGGAGGAGCUCUCACUCGCUCGACCGACCUGGAGGAGGACAAUGAAGACAGGCGCUGCGGUCUACGAAGCCAACCGCAUCGCUGCCGCCAAAGCGAAACGUGAAGCCCGCAAAUCACAACUUCGCCCAGUACGCAACGCCGCCGCACAACCGCUUCCAACGUGUCCUCGAUGUCAACGGACAUUCCAGGCUCGAAUCGGACUUGUUGGACAUCUUCGGAUUAACUGCGCCUCUCGAACGGCACCAACCAUUGUCCCCCCGCCCGACUCUUCCUCCUCCUCUCCGCCGCCAACUAAUUCUGACAAUUCUUCUGACCCACCACUUCCAUCCUCCUCCUCCUCCUCCUCCUCCUCCUCCUCCUCCUCCCCCUCCCCAUCCUCCUCCUCCUCCUCCACCACUGCCCCAACGGCGGCAGCUCAGGCGGCCGUCUCGCACAUCACCAACCGCGACACAACAACAGACACCACCCCCACCUCUCGCGACUCCAGCGAUGAGGAUCAGGACAACACCUGCCCUCACUGCGACCGCACCUUCACCCCACACAUCGGUCUGGUCGGUCACUUGCGAAUCCAUCGCACGGAGACUGGCGAGCCAGUGCCUGGAGCACCAACCUACAUCCACCGCACUCGCCUCCACUGCCCACACUGCCCUCGCACCUUCACGCACCGCAUGGGUCUAUUCGGUCACGUGCGCAUCCACGAGAGCGGAAGUGACCACAAUUCCGACACACCCACCACAUCCAACACAUCCACCAUGCCCAGCACCACUCCUGCUCCAUCGCCAUACGCGCCCAUCACCACUGCCUCCUCUACAGCUGACACCGACACCACCGACCUCUCAUGCCCACACUGUCCACGCACGUUCACCUCACACAUCGGCCUGGUCGGUCACUUGCGAAUCCAUCGUACAGAGACUGGCGAACCAGUGCUUAGACCCCCAACCUACACCCGCCACGCUCGUCUCAACUGUCGACACUGCCCUCGCGCUUUCAGGCAUCGCAUGGGCCUAUUCGGACAAAUGCGUAUCCACGAUGACCUGCGGUAG